GCGGCGCGCUGAAAAGGGGCUCUCCCCCCUUGGGAAUUGGGGCACGUGGUGUUGAUGAACCACUCUGCAGGGAGCUGAGAAUGCCACAUUGCGCCGCGCGAGGGCUGCGAGCGAUCUGUCCGCAGACGCGCCGAGGCGGAGCCCGGCUCCCAGGUGCUGGGAAGGGAGUAGGGAGGAGUCAUCGCUGCGGCUUCCCUGCGCACGUGAGCUGUCGGGAUGCAGCUCCCGUAAAUGUCUUCCCUGCCAGACUUGGAGCUCUUCACCAUGGGGAUGUGGUCUAUCGGCCUUGGGGCUGUUGGCGUUGCCGUGACAGGGAUUCUUCUUGCUAACACCGACUUGUUUCUCUCCAAACCGGAGGCAGCUUCGUUGGAGUUUUUAGAGACGACUGAGCUAAAAUCUCUGGGAGAAGCAGAAGAAAGAACAUUCAAGGCAGGUGAGCUAUGGAAGAAGAAUGGUGCAGUGAUCAUGGCUGUGCGGAGACCUGGAUGCUUUUUGUGCAGAGAGGAGGCUUCUGAACUUUCCUCUCUCAAACCUCAGCUUGACCAACUUGGCGUCCCCCUCUAUGCUGUUGUGAAAGAAAAGAUUGGGAUUGAAGUGGAGGAUUUUCAGCAUUAUUUCAAAGGGGAAAUAUUUCUGGAUGAAAAGAAAAAUUUCUAUGGUCCUCACAAGCGAAAAAUGCUGUCAAUGGGUCUUAUCCGCUUAGGAGUUUGGCAGAACUUCCUUCGCGCUUGGAAGAAUGGAUACAGUGGUAACCUGAAAGGAGAAGGGUUCAUCCUGGGAGGAGUUUAUGUGAUUGGUGCUGGGAAGCAGGGUGUUCUCUUGGAGCAUCGAGAGAGAGAAUUUGGAGACAAAGUGAGCCUUCAGUCUGUCCUUGAAGCUGCUGAGAAGAUAAAACCACAAGCUGCAGACACUGACUAAUAGUUACACAUGUUCAGUCUUGGCUCGAAAAUGUAGAACAUCUGUAUAAUUGUAUAACAUGCAGUGUAAUUGCUUUCUUAGACUAUUCAGUAAUAGCUCAGCUGGAGGAUUCUCUCUGAAAUUAGUCAACAAAUGAACAACCUCUUUGAUGGUAGCUGACUUGUUUGUGCUUUGUAGUCUCUCAGGCACCCACAGUUUCUACUAGUUUUUUGUCUCUUACCACAUUAAUGAAAGGCUGGGCCCAAAAUAUUAAGGUGUAACCUAGAUGGGUCCAGUUAGAGCCAGAAAAAUAAGAGAAUAUCUGGGUGCCUGGGGAGUAGGACAUUGCUAAGGCAGGAGUCAACGAGGUUGAAAGAUGAUAAUAAAUUAUGUAAAUGAAAUGCCUUGGUUUUCAAAUUUAAUUUUAUUAAAAUAGUUAGAAGUCUCUGUGUUGGUGAGAGUCCACCCUUUCUCCUUGCGCUGAGAAUCUUAGACACAUGUCUGAUUGCUACAGUUUUUACAUAUGGGGUCCAGUCCCGCUCCCUUUGAAUUCAGUGGUAGUUCUGCCAUUGGCUUUGUUUGAUUAAAGAUGGUGCCUCAUAUGCUUCAUAUUCUGAUUUGAAAGGAAAAUUAAAAGUCAGUAUCGGACAUAUUUAAGAGGUGGUGAUAAUGACCACAAGGUGGGACGUGCCCAGUAAUAAGUGAAAUAAGGAUUCUAAAUGCAGCAGAGAAUAAUAAGUGCAUAUCAGGUAGCAAAAGUGAAACAUGUCAGGGAGGGCAAGUAAUAAUUGGAACAGAUUAGCAAGGGAUGUGGCAGAUUAUCCAUCACUUGGAGUCUUUUGAAUUAAGACUAGAUUUCUCUCUAAAAGAAAUGUGGUAGGUUAGCUACAAGUUAUUGGGCUGAUGCAAAAAUUACUGAGUGCAGUACUAUGUGUUGGGUUUAUGCAGAAGGUUGGACUAGAUCAGUAGUUCUCAAACUUUUGUACUGGUGAGCCCUUUCACAUAGCGAGCCUCUGAGUGCCAAUCCUCCCCCCCUCCAUAAAUUAAAAACCCUUUUUUAUAUAUUUAACACAGUUAUAAAUGCUGUUCUUUCCCAUGUCUCUGCCUUUCUUCAGGAAAUUGCCCUGGGCUGUCCUACAUCUUAAGUUGGUCUACACUCAGUUUAUAUACAGAUUUAACUCUCUUAGUUUGUGUGUGUGUGUUUAUUACUGAAAUAGUUAAACCCGUUCAGCCUCCAGUGGGGGUGCAGUUAGAUCAGCAUAAAGGUGCCUUAUGAGAAUAAGCUAUAGCAGUAUAAUUUACAGAGAUAAAUUAUGCUGGUAUAAGUACCUUCAUACCACUAUAACAAAAUCAGUACUGGGAAGGUUGUACCAUUUUAAUAUAUUGAUAUAUUUUAAAGGUUACAUUUUGUGAGUGUAGAUAAACUGUUGUUGUGGGGUUCUGAGAAACUCCAGUGCUUUUGUAUCCCAUCCUGUCAGAACAUGGGCCUAUGUCCCUCUCUAGUGGCUAUUCCAUGUAAGAGAUUUUAAGUCUGCUGUUGACUCCAGGUUCAACCCCUGCAUGACCCAUCCAAGUUACGGUUAAAAUUUCAUCCAUUUCUUCUGCCAUGCUGUGGGGUUAAGGAAACUGAGGCAGGAAGCCAGCUUUCAUCCUGUCCCAUUUCAGGCUUAAAAUGCUUAGUCAUUGUGUAAAGGGCAUUAUAUGUAUCCCUUUACCCUGUUCAGCCAGGCUGAUCUAUGACUAUGCCUCUCAAAAGGCCCUGUGCAAUGCUUCAGCUGCUUUAUCAAGGACUGGAGUCUCCCCUAGGGGCUGUCAGGCCCUCUUGCACUCAGGUCAGCCACAGCACAUAGACUAUUCAGGUGAUGUCUCCGGUCGGAGAAGGGACAGAAUGUUAGAAUCAGAAUGUCCCAUGGCAGUUGGACAUGAGCAGUUACAGGGCAGUGCUACCAACUCCAGUGAUACGUGGUGUCUUGUUUGAAGCCUGAGAUUCUCGAGUCCUGUGGCUGUAUCAGCAUCUCAGUUUUAUUUCAGUCUUUUAAAAUGUAAGUUUUUCUAGUUUCUCCUGAUUUCAGAGAGAACUCCAAAACCCUAAAGGUUCAAAAUGCAAACAAACUCCAAAUGUAGUAUUUAAAAACAAAUCUUAAAAUCCUGUGAUUUUUAAACCAAUCGUGAGACUUCUGGGGGCCUGACCUGUCUUUUUGGAACAUGCAGCAAUCGUGGAGAGAGAGAGGACUG